UUAAGUUUGUUGAAGUUUUCUUGUUUAUUACUUAAAAGGGUUGGUGAAUUUUGUCAUGGAAUUCUUCAAAGUACAUUAUAUUUGCUAAAAACAUAUUUUCAUUAUUUGGUUAAGAAGUUCAAGAACUAUAGGGACUUUUCGUAUGGUCAUACUUUUGAACAAGGCAUCAAUAUCAUCAUGGUUUACUGCUUCAAAUACUUUGAGGUCACCGCCUUUUGAGAGGAGAGAAUGGGGUUGAGUUUUGGUUUUUAUAUUUGAGCUUCGAGCGUGAAUAGCAAUUAAUUUGUGGCGAUAGAUGGGGAACAAUUGUGUUCAUGAAAAGAUCUCGAAGGAUGGAUUCUUCAGUUCUUUAUGGUGGUCGCGAUCAACGGAUAUGAUCAUGUAUGAGAAAAAAGAAAGUAGUUCCCAAGCAUCUACUGAUUCUAUUCCGAAUAAGCCUCCUGAAUUGGUGAAGAUAGACAGUAAUCCAUCGGAUGUUAAAGGGGCUGAGCAGGUUAUCAUUAUAGUUACGGAUGAGAAGAAAGAUGCACGGGUGGUGAAACCGGAGGACAUGAUCAAGAUAUCAGUUGAUUUGAAACCUGUACAGAUUACGGGACCUGAAAAGGCUAAACCGGCUGAGCCUGCGAAGCCGAGGAAACCUCACAAUGUGAAGAGGAUGGCUAGUGCAGGACUGCAGGUCGAUUCUGUUUUGAAAACCAAAACCGGUCAUCUAAAGGAGCAUUAUAAUCUCGGGGAUAAACUCGGGCAUGGACAAUUCGGUACUACAUUCCUUUGUAUAGAAAAGGGAACGGGGAAGAAGUAUGCGUGUAAGUCUAUUGCAAAAAGGAAGCUGUUGACAGACGAAGAUGUGGAUGAUGUACGAAGAGAAAUUCAGAUAAUGCAUCACUUGUCGGGGAAUCCUAACGUUAUUUCAAUCAAAGGGGCUUAUGAGGAUCCUGUUGCAGUUCAUGUUGUUAUGGAAUUAUGUACUGGAGGUGAGCUCUUUGAUCGGAUUAUUAAGCGAGGGCAUUACUCGGAGAGACAGGCUGCUGAGCUUGCAAGAACAAUAGUCGGUGUGGUAGAAGCUUGCCACUCUCUCGGAGUAAUGCAUCGGGAUCUUAAGCCUGAAAAUUUUCUCUUUGUCAAUGACGAAGAGAAUUCACCUCUUAAGACUAUAGAUUUUGGGCUUUCGAUGUUCUUCAAGCCAGGACAAAUAUUUGAUGAUGUCGUUGGAAGUCCUUAUUACGUUGCACCAGAAGUUCUGCGUAAGCGUUAUGGACCAGAAGCUGAUAUCUGGAGUGCAGGUGUUAUAAUUUACAUUCUUCUAAGCGGCGUUCCUCCAUUUUGGGGAGAAAGUGAGGAGGAAAUAUUUGAUGAGGUUUUACACGGUGAUAUUGACUUCGAGUUAAAUCCUUGGCCUAAAAUCUCUCAAGGUGCGAAAGACUUGGUCAGGAGAAUGCUCGUUAAAGACCCCAAAAAGCGACUAACAGCACACGAAGUUUUAUGUCAUCCUUGGGUGCAAAUCGAUGGUGUGGCCCCAGAUAAGCCUCUCGAUUCUGCUAUAUUCACGCGCUUAACACAGUUUUCUGCUAUGAACAAGUUGAAGAAAAUGGCUAUCAGGGUUAUUGUGGAGAGGCUUUCUGAAGAGGAAAUCGCUGGCUUGAAAGAGAUGUUUAAAAUGAUCGAUACAGAUAACAGUGGCCAAAUUACUUUCGAUGAACUAAAGAUAGGAUUAAAGAAAUUUGGAGCUAAUCUUAACGAAUCACAGAUACACGAUUUGAUGAAGGCCGCGGAUGUUGACAAUAGUGGAACGAUUGACUAUGGGGAGUUUGUAGCUGCAAUGUUGCACGCCAACAAAAUCGAGAAGGAAGAUUAUUUGUUUGCAGCUUUCUCAUAUUUCGACAAAGAUGGGAGCGGAUAUAUUACAGCUGAUGAACUUCAAAAGGCUUGUGAGGAAUUCGGCAUUGAAGAUGUUCACUUGGAAGAAUUGAUACAAGAAGCUGAUCAAGACAAUGAUGGCCGAAUAGACUACAACGAGUUUGUAGCCAUGAUGCACAAAGGAAAUGCAGAUUUGGGUAAGAAACGACUGCCAAAUAAUUUUAACAUCGGAUAUAGGGAAGCAAUGUCUGCUUGCUGACAGGGUCGCGAUAUAGGCUGUGAGAUAGUUAAAUUCAGAAAGUGUUACUAGUACUUAAGGUCAUCAUCCUAAAAUCCUGAACUCAUAAAGAUCAAAUCCUGAAUCCGCCUCUAUUUGUUGAUACAAUUAUAGUCCUUUCCCUUUUGAUGUAUAGAAAUUUAGCAGGUUUAAACAUAUCAUUUGAUGCUGGGAUAUAGCAAAUGCCAGCUCUUUUUCAUAUAGUCUGAAGGUGUGGCCAAUAUGUUUUGCGAGUUAAAUGUUUAGUUCUAAAGAUAUUAACUAUUCAUAAAGAUAGGAUGUACACUUUUGUAUUAUAUUCCAAGUAAAAUUAAUGGUUGUCACUAUAUCUUCUUUGCCUUUUUAAAAAUAAAAAAUAAAAAAAAUUGUUGUUUUAUAAGGGGAGCCUGCAACAACAGUA